AUGGAUAUCUCAGAAAUCGCAAAAAAACUCGGACUCUCCGAUUCAAAACUCGUCAUCCGAAAAGCCGCUGAACUCCGUCGCCUCUGCGAUGUACACUUCGAUUCCUCGAUCAUCGGCGUCGGCGAAGUUGCCAAAGCUAUCAUCUGUAUGGAGAUUGCAGCGACGAGGCUCGGUGUUCUCUUUGAUCGAUCUUCGGCAGUGAAACUCAGUGGAAUGUCUGAGAGAGCUUAUAUCAGAUCUUACAAUUCACUUCACAAUGGCAUUGGUGUCAAGUUGAAGCUUGAUGUGAGAGAAUUGGCUAUUCGAUUUGGUUGUGUGAGGAUCAUACCUUAUGUUCGUGACGGUCUCAAGCUUUAUAAGGAUAGGUUUCUUGCUUCGUUGCCGGCUGCUCGCCGUGCUAGUGCUGAUUUUACUCGUCCGGUGUUCAUGGCUGUUGCUUUUUAUUUAUCUGCAAAGAAACAAAAGCUUAAAGUUGAUAAGAUUAAGCUAAUUGAACUUUGUGGUACUUCUGAAUCGGAAUUUUCUAGUGUUUCCACUUCUAUGAAAGACUUGUGCUAUGAUGUUUUUGGGGUAGCUAAAGAAAAGAAAGACCCUAAAGAAUUAAAGACCAAUAGAGAUCUGCUUGAUGUAUUGCCAAGCAAAAGAAAAGCUGAGGAUGGUGGCUAUCCAUCUGAUGAUGGAGUAGAGGUUUCAUGUUAUAAAAAAAAGAAACAGAUGGAAACACAUGACUAUGAGAAGUGGAAAUCUUCUGUCCUUGCAUCCAAUAAACAAGAUAAGAAAGAAGUGCAUUGCAAGAAACCAAUACAAACAAGCCUAAAUUUUGUCAAGGAAGCUCCUGAGACCCAGAAGUUGGAGGUGUUGUGA